UGUGUGUAGGUGGGUCAUUAAUAACUAAUUAGAGGCUCAGAGCCACACAGGCUCCUAUAAUAAGUGGAGCUGAUCCGUUCAUCCCGCAUCAGUCGCACUCAGACCCUGCGCCACAGCACUCAUGGGUUCGGUUCUGGCGCUGAAGUCCAGGUUCAGGUCUCAGCUGUGCGAGAUCAUCACCUCUGAUAUCCUGCACAGUUUUCUGUACGGUCGAUGGAGGAACGUGCUGGGAGAGAACCCGUGCGAGGAGCAGCAGAGAACCGCCUUCACCGCCGAGGCUCUGGCGCAGUCCUUCACCGGAGAGGUGCAGAAGCUGUCUAGUCUGGUUCUGCCCAGCGAGGUCAUCAUCGCCCAGAGUUCAGUCCCUGGAGAAGGGCUGGGGAUUUUCUCCAAGACCUGGAUCAAAGCUGGCACCGAGAUGGGCCCGUUCUCCGGGAGGGUCGUGUCCCCCGAGCACGUGGACCUGCGGAAGAACAAUAACCUCAUGUGGGAGGUGUUUAACGAGGACGGCACAGUGCGCUGCUUCAUUGAUGCCAGUCAGGAGGACCAGCGCAGCUGGAUGACCUACAUUAAAUGCGCUCGGAACGAGCAGGAGCAAAACCUGGAGGUGGUUCAGAUCGGCAGCAGCAUCUUCUACAAAACCCUGGAGACUAUUCCUCCGGAGCAGGAGCUGCUGGUCUGGUAUGGGAAUUCUCACAACACUUUCCUGGGAAUUCCUGGCGUUCCGGGGACCGAGGAGGAGCAGCAGAAGAAGAGGAGCGCAGACGACUCUCACGCAUGUGACGUCGCGUCUUCCUCGCUGUCCUCCUCUUCCUCCUCGAGCCGCAUGCGCUGCGUCAUCUGCCACCGCGGCUUCAACUCCCGCAGCAACCUGCGCUCGCACAUGCGCAUCCACACGCUGGACAAGCCCUUCGUCUGCCGCUUCUGCAGCCGCCGCUUCAGCCAGUCCUCCACGCUGCGCAACCACGUGCGUCUGCACACCGGCGAGCGCCCUUACAAGUGCAUCGUCUGCCAGAGCGCAUACUCGCAGCUGGCCGGCCUGCGCGCGCAUCAGAAGAGUGCGCGACACAGACCCAGCGGAUCGAACCCGGAGGCUCCGCCCGCUCCCCACCCUGCACUGCUGCGCCACGUCCCCGCCAUGGUGCUCUGAGAGCGCAGACGCAGACGGACCGAGUCCAGGAACAGGCACUUUAAUCAGCACAAACCUGCGGCAAUAACUGUGAGAGACACCACAGGCUGGAGGAGGAUGAGGAUGAUGAUGAAGAUGAGAGUGAAUGAAUGAUCACUGGAUGCAGAUCACAAAUCAAACAUGGCACAAAACACACACAAACAGGGUUUCUGCAGGAAAAUUUAAUGAAACACUAAAGGCUUAAGUCCAGUCCUAGACUAAAAUGCAUGUCUGGGCUAUUUCAACUGAAAGAAACUUGCACUGAUAGAUUCAUUGUUUUUAUAUAAGGCAUAUUUAUAAAAGCUACUUAAAUGCCCUAAUUGAACUAUGGCCUAAACCGGGCUUAACCUAAACCCAAGGGCCAAUAUGUGACCCUGGAGCACAAAACCAGUCAUAAGGGUCAAUUUUAUGAAACAGAUUUAUCACCUGCUUUCCAUUGAUGUAUGGUUUGUUAGGAUCGGACAAUAUUUGGCUGAGAUGCAACUAUUUAAAAAUCUGGAAUCUGAGGGUGCAAAACAAUCAAAAUAUUGAGAAAAUCACCUUUAAAGUUGUUCAGAUGAAAUUCUUAGCAAUGCAUAUUACUAAUCAAAAAUGAAGUUUUGAUAUAUUUACGGUAGGAAAUGUACAAAAUAUCUUCAUGGAACAUGAUCUUUU